AAGAGCUCAUUCCAUCUUCACUUUCAUCUUACCCACUCCAAGUUAGUUCACUUGUAUUCUUCUUCACAAAAAUGGAGAGAAAAGGAAAAGAAGAUGGAGAUUACAUUUCUGAUAUACCUGCAGAGGUAGAAACAGAUGGUAAUAACGGAAUACCAAGAAAAAGAAGAAAUGGAGUUACUGAUCAUAAUCAUAAUAAUGGUGAUGAUGAUGAGAUGAUGAUGCCAUCGAUUGAGAAAGUAUUUGAGAAUGAAGUAGUUCCAACAUGGCAACAACAAUUAACAGUCAGAGCAUUCGUAGUGAGUUUGAUAUUGGGGAUAUUGUUUAGUUUCAUUGUUAUGAAAUUAAAUCUAACUACAGGGAUCAUACCUUCUUUGAAUGUAUCAGCUGGAUUAUUAGGUUUCUUUUUUGUGAAAAGUUGGACUAAGAUAUUGGAGAAAUCAGGAAUGUUGAAACAACCUUUUACAAGACAGGAAAAUACUGUGAUUCAGACUUGUGUUGUUGCUACUUCUGGUAUCGCUUUUAGUGGUGGUUUUGGAAGUUAUUUAUUUGGUAUGAGUGAAGUUAUUGCCAAACAAUCAACAGAAGAGAAUAGUGCACAGAACAUUAAGAACCCAUCUUUAGGAUGGAUGAUUGGAUUUCUCUUCGUCGUUAGUUUUCUUGGACUCUUCUCCGUCGUGCCUCUCCGUAAGAUUAUGGUGAUAGACUUUAAGCUAAUCUACCCAAGUGGAACUGCCACAGCUCAUCUUAUCAACAGCUUUCACACACCACAGGGUGCCAAACUAGCCAAGAAACAAGUGAAGGCAUUGGGGAAGUUCUUCUCGUUUAGCUUCUUGUGGGGUUUCUUCCAAUGGUUUUUCACUUCUGGAGACGGUUGUGGAUUUAUAAAUUUCCCUACGUUUGGUCUCAAAGCCUUCGAGAACAGGUUCUAUUUUGAUUUCUCGGCUACUUAUGUCGGGGUUGGAAUGAUUUGUCCAUACAUCAUAAACAUAUCUUUGCUUGUUGGAGGUAUUUUAUCAUGGGGAAUUAUGUGGCCUCUUAUAGAAAAUAGGAAGGGAGACUGGUACCCUGCAGAGCUCUCGCCUAACAGCCUCCAUGGGAUCCAAGGCUACAGGAUCUUCAUUGCCAUAGCCAUGAUCCUUGGUGACGGUCUCUACAAUUUCGUAAAAGUUCUAAACCGAACAGUUCUCGGCUUACUUCAUCAGCUACGAAGCAGAGAUGUACUUCCUGUCGCUGACCAACCAGAUACAGCCAAUAAAUCUAUCUCUUAUGAUGACCAGCGUAGGACUGAACUCUUCCUCAAAGACCAAAUUCCUACAUGGCUGGCUGUUCUGGGAUACAUCGGCAUUGCUGUUGUCUCCAUGAUCACUCUACCAUACAUUUUUCACCAACUCAAAUGGUACUAUGUAUUGGUCAUCUAUAUCUUUGCACCAGUUCUAGCUUUCUGCAAUGCCUAUGGAUGUGGUCUCACUGAUUGGUCACUUGCAUCCACAUAUGGAAAAUUGGCCAUCUUCACUAUUGGCGCUUGGGCUGGGGCUUCUCAUGGUGGGGUCCUUGCUGGUCUUGCAGCCUGUGGUGUUAUGAUGAAUAUCGUCUCCACUGCUUCGGACCUGAUGCAGGAUUUUAAAACCGGCUACAUGACAUUAGCAUCACCAAGGUCCAUGUUUGUGAGCCAAGUUAUUGGAACUGCAAUGGGGUGUAUAAUAUCUCCUUGUGUAUUUUGGCUCUUCGUCAAAGCUUUCGACGAUCUAGGGAUACCAGGGUCAGAAUAUCCAGCCCCAUAUGCUCUUGUAUACCGUAACAUGGCAAUAUUAGGAGUCGAAGGCUUCUCAAGUUUACCCAAGAACUGCUUAAAGCUGUGCUAUGGAUUUUUUGCCGCAGCAAUAUUUAUUAAUGCAAUUAGAGACUCUGUUGGAAAGAAGUGGUCGAGAUUUAUACCGUUGCCGAUGGCAAUGGCGAUACCAUUUUAUUUAGGGUCGUACUUCGUGAUAGAUAUGUGCCUUGGGAGCUUGAUUUUGUUUGUGUGGGAGAAGGUAAAUAAGCCUAAAGCUGAUGCAUUUGGUCCUGCUGUUGCCUCUGGUUUGAUAUGCGGAGAUGGGAUAUGGACUUUGCCAAGUUCGAUUCUUGCUUUAGCAGGUGUUAAGCCACCCAUUUGUAUGAAGUUCCUAUCUGCCAAAGAUAACAUCAGGGUUGAUAAAAUCUUGAAAGGGUAGUGGAUAGAAUUUUAGAUACCUGGUAAUAGUACUAAUAUUCAGUUUCAUGUUUCCUCUGAGAUGUAAUAUAAAAUGUAUUUGUAGAAUGUCCAUACACCAUAUGUACUAUGUCGCCAAAGCAACUGCAAGUCAGAGUAUCUUAUCUUCGUACUCCUACCAAAAAACAUAGAAGCAUAGGAAAUGUAAGAUCUCAUAGUUGAUUUGUUACGUCACAUCAUCGUGUGAAAAUUUGGUGUUG